UUUUUUAAUACAGCAAGUAAAUGUGGAGCAGAAAGUGUUAGUUAGCUCAUGAGAACAGAGGUCAAGGUAAACGGGAAUUUCCAUGAAAAUAGAGAUAUUCUUUAGAGAACUUCUAAAGACGCCUGGCGUUAGUAAUCCUGGAGACGUUGUGUUUCUCUUCAUACACACACACACACUCUCAUGGUUUCUGAGAUGUUCAGUUAAUAAAGUCUCAGUUGUGUAUGGAAACACACGUGACACCUUUCAUUGUCCUUGCUUUUAACCGUGACAUGUGAACCUUAAGUGAUGCAUAGUGUCUGUUCAUGACGCCGAUCGUAGAGAAACCCCACAGCCUGUAAACAGGUCUUCUUCUGUGUCUUCUUCCAAGAGUGUGUGAAAUGAUUUCAGCUUGGUUUCUUUUAGUGUACACUUUUAUGUGAUCUGGAAGGUGGUGGAAGAGUCUGGUAGGUGAUUCUGUGUUGUAUGUAAUUAUGGAGACCUUUUUGUUCUGAAUGUUUUGGAUGAGCAUUCGUGUUACUGUGUGUCUUAAUAUAACUGGUUACACUUUAUUUUGAUAAUCCACAAGAGACGUUUUACCUGUUACUAACUCUCUGACUGCAUGUCUAUAACUGGGGCAGGUUUCGGAUUAGAGAAGUAGUGUCUGAUAGUCAGUGUGUAGUGUACUCGUGAGAAGACUGUCUACUAAUACUCCAUGACUGCUAGUUGACACGUAGUUGCAAAGUACAACUAAAAUCGACUUGAAGUGUUAACAAAUAAUUAAUAUAUCAGUUUAAUAUACCGUGAUACGGACAAAACAUACUGGAAAAUACUUUACAAUAAUAAAAUGCAUUCCCGAAAAAUCACACCCACGUCAUUCGCUGUUUAAGAUGUUUUGGAUGCAAACUGGACUAUCUGUCGUCUUACUCCGAAUGCUCUCACCUCAGGGCUUCCCGUCUACUCUACAUCUUUCUCACGCGGUAGCUUCUGCAGGUGUGCGGCUGUACCCCAACAAACAGGACAUUCCCCUAACAUUCCCAUUGGGUUGUUUUUAACCUAGAGAGAACCUUCCCAGAACGUUCCCUGCUGUAACGGAGAGUCAGAGAUGGUCGGAUCCAUUUGUUAGCUGUUUAAUAAGAAUCCUCAGACAGACAAUGAUCGGAGACAGGGCUGUCAGAGACAAGGGCAGAGAAACAGUAAACAGUCAGCAGAGAAGUAUGAACGCUCAGAAUUACCAGACUGUCAUGUCGCAUUCUAUAUGUCUAUAGGUGUGCUUAGGUUGUUAUAGAUAUGUAGAUAGUGUUGAUAUCUAUGAUGACGUUGCAUUUGCUCGAUAUGUGGCUUGUAUAUGUGUGUAUAGGAAGCAGGCUGGCCCCCUCGUUCACUUCACGGAGUAGAACGCACUUCUAAGCGGCAGUGGGGUUCCCCGAGAGGGGCUUAAGGAGGUUAGCGCUCGUGAGCGGAACGCAGCCCGCGUCGACCCGCCCUUCUCUAGUGCGCAUGCCCAUUGACUUCAUCAGUCUACCGCAUCUAGCCUCAACCAACGUUUGGAAAUUGGAGAAACGAGGAAAAAAAAGCUGAAAGAGCAAGCGAUAUUAAUCACACAUAUUGUCGAAGAUGAUUUUGAGAUGCUGCGUCGUUUACUUACUUCUGCAUCUAACAGUCAAAGUGUCUCUGCAGGACUCUCCGAAUCGGUUUGACGGUGUUGUUGGAGGCUCCGUCAUCUUGCCUUGCUUAUAUGUCAAUCAACAGCCAAGUACUGAUGUGUUUUGGCGACUGAAUGAGAGUGUAAAUGUGCUUAAUAUUAUAAAUGAAAAACCCUCAAUACUAAAUCAGAAGGAAAUAUUCAAGAAUCGAGCAAAAAGUUUCCCUUCAGAGUAUGCAAAGGGAAACUACUCCAUCAAACUGAAAGAUCUGGAUUUCAUUCACGCAGGAAUCUACACUUGUUUUUUACAAGAGUCAAAUGAGGAAAAGAGAAUGCAGCUUUUUAUCAAAGAAAAGCCCGACAAGCCAACAGAAAAGCCUGAAAAACCAUCUGAAAGACAAAAGAACUCAGCUAUGGGAACAGAGUCACUGAAGAUUAUGGAAGUCCUAACCGCUCUGCUGGGAUUUACUCUGCACCUUCUCUGAGAUUCUGUUACGUUUGGCUAGCUGAGAUUGCUAUUGAUACUCAAUAGGAGCUUUUCCACUAUCUGAUAGUGGAUAGUAUGAUAGUGGAAAAGCGGCAAAUGCUUCAGGUUAUUGCUGCUUUAGAAUAUCUUUUUAUUUAUACUCUACAUCGGACCACUCUCAAACAUGCUGUGUAUGCUAUCAUCCUUAUAUUACGAUGUGUAUUAUUAGUGGCCAAGAACCACUAUUGUAUCUAACCAUUACUAGAGACGACUCCAGUACUACAACUCUGACUAUCUACCAAUACUUUUGAUGUAGUUCAUACAUGUUAUUUUUAAUGUAGUUUUACCAGACUUGAAACACGGUCUCCCCAUCACCACCGUGUCAUAUCAGUGUCUUCAUGAACAUUCUUAUCAGUGUGUUUGACGUUAAUGCGUUUGGCUAUUUAAUCACUAUGUCUUUUAUAUAGUAUUUGCUGUUAAAGUUUUGUCUCUGUAUGCAGUGCUAUUUUAAAUUUACAAACUCAUUACAAUGUCAAUACCGGAAAAAAAACUUCUGAAAAUAAAUUUCUCAACCCAUUUCAAAGAUUUAGGGUCAUGCAGUGUUUUGUUUACAUACAUUUUUUUCUGUAGUAUUAUAAUAACUAUCAUGAAGAAACAACAUGAAGUUGGUCGUUGUAUACCAGCAGAAGUAUUGAAAUACACAGUUAAUUUUAUCUGUAUCUUGUGUUAACUUCACCGUGUUCAGGUUUGUAACAAUCUGCUAAAGCUUAAAAAAUAAAGUGAUGUAUUUAAAGAGAAAAACA